AUGGCAGCAUACACCCUUCAGCAAAUAUUUGGAAUCACCCCGGCGGUGUGUUCUCGCUAUCUGGAUUGGGGACUCGAUUGCCUUCUUCAAGUACUCAAGAACCACCCUCAAGCUCGCAUUAUCUGGCCCUCCACGGAAGAAAGAAUUCAGCCUUAUGCAGAGACAAUCAAAAAGAAAUUCCCACUUCUCGAAAAUUGCUUUGGUUUCUUGGAUGGUCUGAACUUGCCCAUUUGUGUGGCUGAGGAUGAUGAUCUUCAAAAUGCGUACUACAAUGGGUGGACUUGCUCCCAUUACUGUAGCUGCAUUAUUGCUUUCGCUCCUGAUGGAACGAUCAUGUAUGCCAUAUUGAAUGCACCGGGUUCAUGGCAUGAUUCUGCAAUAGCAGUUCCUCUCUACGAGCGACUCCUCAAUCACACCCCCGACGGAUAUAGAAUUAUAAGUGACACAGCCUUUCCGCGCAAGAGUCAACGGCUUCAGAGACGAAUAUUGGCACCGGUCAAGCGAGGAGAUCGGCUACCAGAAACCCCCAGAUCCUUCUCUCGCAUGAAGUUACUCAACGAAGAGGUAGUAUUGGCUCGACAGGCAGCGGAGUGGGGUAUGCGCUCCUUGCAAGGCUCAUUUGCCCGCUUAAAGCUACCGAUGCCUGCGGCAGAUCACUCUCAACGAUUGCGAAUCCUUCAAGCCGUCUGCUUUUUACACCAGCUCCGCUGCCGCAUGGUUCACAUUAACCAGACAGCAACAGUCUAUGAUGCUGUGUGGGAUGAACACCAAGUGCUCUCUCGAAGAUUCCAUAACUUACUAUUCAAGGACAUUGAGAAACGAUGCCACAUCAGUCGUUACUAUCAAGGAUGGCUCUAG